GUGACGUAAUGUUCUGUUUACGUCUGUAGAGCUGUGACCCUGCUGCUGCAAACGAGAGGUUUUACCUGCUUUAAAGCCGCUCUGGGGGGUGAUGUAACUCCAUAUUAGUGAUAUCUGAGAGUGUGUGGGGUUACAGUGGGAGCUGUCAGAGUCACCAUGGAUUACCUGUAGUUUAAAGGCUCGUCUCUGACUGACAGCAGGACUCUGAGAGCUAGCAGGGCUCAGUUAGCUUUGGAUCAGCUGUUCUGCACACACAGGUAUUAUCCACUCUGUUGUUGGUGUGUGUCGCAGCUUGUGUCGUGUUCCUGCAGAAUCUGUGUUCCUGCACUGGUUGUGUUUCUGUACUGGUGUGUAGCUCUGGCUGCUGGUGUGUAGCUGCUGAUGGCUCAUGUGUAGCUGCAGGUGUUAUAGUCAUUGCCUCCCAGCGGUGGAAACAGUGUUCAGGACCUUUAACGAUUCCUGUAGCAGUCUGAGGUUGGGCAGCGACUCCGGAGGAAACAUGGCUCCCAAAGACAUCAUGACCAACUCUCAUGCCAAGUCCAUCCUGAACGCCAUGAACGCCCUGAGGAAGAGUAACACGCUGUGCGACAUCACGCUGAGAGUCGACAAUGCCGACUUCCCCGCUCACAGGAUCGUCCUCGCCGCCUGCAGCGACUACUUCUGCGCCAUGUUCACCAGCGAGCUGGCAGAGAAGGGGAAGUCCUUCGUGGAUAUCCAGGGUCUGACUGCAGCUACGAUGGAGAUCCUGCUGGACUUCGUGUACACGGAGACGGUUCUGGUGACGGUGGAGAACGUUCAGGAGCUGCUGCCGGCCGCCUGCUUGCUGCAGCUCAAAGGAGUGAAGCGGGCCUGCUGUGAUUUCCUGGAGGGUCAACUGGACCCCACCAACUGCCUGGGGAUCCGGGACUUUGCAGAGACUCACAACUGUCUGGAACUGAUGCAGGCGGCCGAGCUCUUCUCCCAGAAACACUUCUCCGAGGUCGUCCAGCACGAGGAGUUCAUGCUGCUCUGCCAGGCCGAGGUAGAGAAGCUCAUCAAGUGCGACGAGAUACAGGUGGACUCUGAGGAGCCGGUGUUUGAAGCCGUGUUGAACUGGGUGAAGCACAACCGUAAGGAGCGCGAGCCGUUCCUCUCCGACAUGCUGGAGUUUGUCCGGCUGCCGCUGCUGACGCCGCGCUACAUCACCGACGUUAUCGACGCCGAGCCGCUGAUCCGCUGCAGCCUGGCCUGCAGAGACCUUGUCGACGAAGCAAAGAAAUUCCACCUGAGACCGGAGCUGAGGAGCGAGAUGCAGGGCCCCCGCACACAGGCCAGGCUAGGAGCCAAAGAGGUGCUGCUGGUGAUCGGAGGGUUCGGCAGCCAGCAGUCCCCCAUCGACAUCGUGGAGAAAUACGACCCCAAGACCCAGGAGUGGACCUCCCUGCCCAACAUCGCCCGUAAGCGACGCUACGUAGCGACGGUUUCGCUGCAUGACCGGGUGUACGUGAUCGGAGGCUACGACGGGCGUUCGAGGCUCAGCUCCGUGGAGUGUCUGGACUACACGGCGGACGAGGACGGCGUCUGGUACACCGUGGCCACCAUGAACGUCCGGAGGGGCCUCGCGGGGGCCACCACUCUUGGAGAUAUGAUUUAUGUCGCCGGAGGCUUCGACGGCAGCCGGCGACACACCAGCAUGGAGCGGUACGACCCGAACAUCGACCAGUGGAGCAUGCUGGGAGAUAUGCAGACGGCCCGAGAGGGGGCGGGGCUUGUGGUGGCGAGUGGACUCAUCUACUGCCUCGGAGGAUACGACGGUCUGAACAUCCUGAACUCGGUGGAGCGGUACGACCCGCACACCGGACACUGGACCAGCGUCACCCCCAUGGCCACCAAGCGCUCAGGCGCCGGCGUGGCGUUGCUGAACGACCACAUCUACGUGGUGGGGGGGUUUGACGGCGUCUCUCAUCUGGACUCUGUGGAGGUUUAUAACAUCCGGACGGACUACUGGGCGACGGUCGCAAGCAUGACGACGCCGCGUUGCUACGUGGGAGCGACGGUGCUGCGAGGACGACUGUAUGCCAUCGCAGGGUAUGACGGGAACUCUCUGCUCAGCAGCAUCGAGUGCUACGACCCCGUCAUCGACUCCUGGGAGGUCGUCACCUCCAUGGCGACGCAGCGCUGCGACGCCGGAGUGUGUGUGCUGCGAGAGAAGUGAACGCUGCAGAAGAGGAAGAAGAAGAUUGUGGCGCCACCUGUGGAGUACAGUGUUAGUGUUUCCAUGAGCACCGUGUUGUAAACAUCUCAAACUGACCGCUUGAACACUUGAAACACUACAUUUUCAAGAAGAAGAAGAGAGAGUAACAGACGGCAGCUAGACGUUAAACGCCUCUCAGACAGAACCACGGUGAACUCUCAGAGGAGGAGGAGAGCUGCAUGACUCCUCGCUCGCCACCUGUGAGAUUAUUUUUUCAGUCUGUCUUCAAAGUGCAAUAUAUUUCUACUCAUGGGGAGGGAAGCUGCUGCUACACGCCUUACGACUCGGCCUGCACCGGACGUCCGUGUUGCCUCAUCCAUCCUUUUGUAACUGUUUUAGAUUCUCUUUAAUACAGAAGGUUUAUCGUCGCGCUCAGAUUAUAUAUUUAGAGAUUUUAGAAAAUGACUGAAUUGUGCCAGUUGAUUAUUUUGUCCCUGAAGGAAUCACAGAGCUGCAUGUGAGGAUUUUAUUUUAUAAAGCUGUACAUUAACCUUCACUGUUGCCUGAGACGUGAAUAAACUCUCCGAGAAAUUAAA